AUGCACAUCAUAUCCCCCAUUCCCAACGGAAAAACAACAGGACCAAAACAUCAUCAUCAUCAACAACAACAACAAGCAUACGAUAGCCAUCAAAACAACCCACAAACACAUCCAUCCUCCAAACUCAAACGCACCUAUUACGUCACACACGCCCGAUCGCCGCAAUGCACCGCACCGCACACACAGCACGCAACACUCGCAGCACCCACCGGGACAGUCCAUCCGACACACCCACCUUGGCACCAUACCAACGCUCCCCACUCCCCUCCCCACUCACACAGCGCAGCGCGCGCGUGCGCGCUAAGUAAAAGAGUGGAUACCACACGGCACUUGCCAUCGCGAGCACUGGAUCGAGAAGUUGAGCGAUAG